UAAGACCUGAACUCCUCAACAUCGAAAUUCGAUUCUAGGACAAGGUCAUAUACCUCUUCUACUACUCCACAAAACACCCUCAACAUGGCCAACACUAGCACCCUGACAGCGGAGAAGCUCUUCUCAGUUAAAGACCAUGUUUGCGUGGUUACAGGAGGAGGAUCUGGCAUCGGUUUGAUGUCUGCUCAAGCAUUAGCAGCGAAUGGCGCUAAGGUCUAUAUCACCGGUCGACGCGUGGAAGCUCUUGAGAAAGCUGCCAAGUCGCACGACCCGAAUGGGGGAGGCCAAAUCAUCCCUCUCGGCCCCUGCGAUGUGACCAACAAAGAUGAUCUGGAGAACCUCUACCAGGAGCUCUCAAAACGUGAGAAGUACAUCAAUCUUCUGAUCACUGCUGCGGGUAUUUCUGGCGAGAAAGCCGAGCCUGAUACCGAGAACGCCACAGAUCUCAAGAGCAAGCUCUGGGACAACGAGUCGUUCGAAGGCUGGAACGAUACAUACAACACCGACGUGACCUCUGUGUAUUUCUCCGUUGUUGCUUUGCUUCCGCUCCUCCAAGCCGGCACUGAGUCCCACGGCCACCUGUCCGCUUCAGUCAUCGUCAUCUCAUCAAUGUCGGGCAUCAUGAGACACGCGCAGGGCCACUUCAGCUACAAUGCUGCGAAGGGAGCGACUGUUCAUUUGACGAAGCUAAUGUCAGCCGAGUUCCAAAAGGCGCGGAUUAGAGUCAACAGCAUCGCACCGGGCUACUUCCCCAGCGAAAUGACAACGCAAGAGAGCGAUGAGAACCAGAAGAGUGAAUUGCCGGAUUCGAAGAUCCAGGAAAAGGGACAUGUACCCAUGGGCAGAGCUGGAGCGGAUGAGGAGAUGGCACAGGCUGUGUUGUUCUUGACAAAGAACGCUUAUGUCAACGGAGAAAUCAUUGCGGUUGACGGUGGUGUCCUCAAUGUCAUUGCCGGAAGGUAGGACGAUGUCACUGUAGCAGACUCAAUUACAAUAUAAAUCACAU